AAAUUUCACAGAUUUCAAGUGACAACUCAACUCAACUCUUUCAUCAUCAUUCAACUCAACUUCAACCCAAAAAAAUACUCGCUGCGGAAAAUAAAGAUUGUGUUUGCUGCAGAUAUUUUAGCUUGGUGUGCCUCAAGUCAGCCAUGUGGGGUCUAGCUCUGUCGUUCCUGGGCUGGGUCGGCCUCAGCCCUACCCCAUACAUAGCCUCAGCCAUCGGAGCCACGGACCCGGCCAUUAAGUUGUUCCUCUCCAUCCUCAUGGGAUAUCCUCUUGCCAUUGUUUAUCACAAGCACAUUCGUCAAAACCCUGAAUGGAGAAACCCAUACUUCAUAAUCACUGGCCUCGACAUGGCAUGGUACAACUUCGGUCCAACUUUGUAUCACAAUAUGAUCCCAGUGGUGGUCAUCUACUUGACCUCUGUGUUCCUGGGACCGGGCAAGAUAAACUGCAUUAUAACGUUUGUCUUUAACAUGACAUAUCUGUUGGCUGGCUACAUAGGCACGGAGUCUGAAGACUAUGAUAUCACAUGGACGAUGCCGCACUGUGUGCUGACACUAAAGCUGAUUGCGUUGUCCUUUGAUCUAUGGGAUGGUGAGAAGAUGAAGAAUGGCAAGGAACUAUCUGCCAACAACAAGAAGACUGCGUUGGUGAAUGUGCCGUCAUUUGCGGAGAUGGUUGGGUUUGUCUACUUCCCCUCCUGUUUCCUGGUGGGGCCGAUAUUCUCAUUCAAGAGGUACCAUGACUUCAUCACUGACAAGUUCCCGCUGGACAAGAACCCUGCGGAGUACGAGGGUCAGGCCAUGACAAAGAUGAUCCAAGGAUUGGCUUAUGUUAUUGCUCACCAAGUUGGAGUGGGCGUGUUCAACGCUCGCUACAUGCAGUCGGCGGAGUUCUGGGAGGCGUCCAUCUUCUACCGCCAUGUGUACUGCGGCCUGUGGGCGCACUUCGUCCUCUACAAAUACAUCUCCUGCUGGCUGCUCACCGAAGCGUCCUGCAUUCGCUUCGGCCUCUCCUACAACGGCGUGAAGGACAGUGAGGACACCUGGGACGGCUGCAACAACAUCCGCCUGAUGCGCUUCGAGACCGCCACCAAGUUCCACCACUACAUCGAGAGCUUCAACUGUAACACGAACCACUUCGCCGCCGAGUAUAUUUACAAGCGGCUCAAGUUUCUUGGAAACCGCGAGGCGAGCCAGUUCUUCACUCUGCUGUUCCUGGCGGUCUGGCACGGCACCCGCUCGGGCUACUACGUCACCUUCCUCAACGAAUUCCUCAUCAUCUUCAUGGAGAAAGAGCUGGAGCCCAUCAUCUCCCGCACCGAAAUCUACCACAAAGUCUGGGACAACACCGCUGGGAAGUAUCUCCUAUACGCUUUACUUAAACUCUACACGAUCGUCUACAUGGGAUGGAGUUUGGUUCCCUUCGAUCUGAAGGUGUACAAUAAGUGGAUGGGCGUGUAUGCCAGUUUGUACUUCUCUGGGUUUCUGCUUUUCAUCCCGUGGGCGUUCGCCUACAAGCCUCUGCUUAAGUACGGGAUUAAGGCGCUGAAUAUUCGCAGGAUUGAACCGAAAACGGAGUAACGGAUUCGAUUAAGAUUCGAUAGGGGACGUCAAAAGUGGUGACCCCGAAAUGAUGGUAACCCGAAUAUUGGGGAUACUUGUUUCCGGAUAGUAAUAGUUUGAGUCAAACGAUUACUAUCCGGAGAUAAACCUGUGUAAUUAGACUAAUUAUUAGAUAGCGAUGGUAAUAGCGAAUGUGUCGCGUGUAAGCGUGUCAAUUACUCUAGAAUUCGAGCUCAAUCUUGCGAGACACGUGUUUGUGUUGUAGCACAAAUUAUUUAUUGCGUGCGACCAGCCUUGCGCUGUUAGUGAUUAUACUCAGCUGAUUAUACCUUAUACAUAUUUAUUUUAUACACUAGGUGUCUCAAAAAGAGUGUCAGAACAAAAGUUCAUUUAAGAGCU